AUUACUUUGGUGCUUUUCAAUAGCCAAGACUCAAACGCAUCAUGUACAAAAGGCAGGAUUGGCUCCACUUGCAAGGCCAGCAUAGCUCCGGAAGCAGCAGUUCUGAUGACGAAACAGAUGCUGGAUCGGAUCAAAGCGAAGACGAGUCAGAGAAUAGUCAAGAAGAGGCCUCGCAGAGCGACGGGGAGAAUGUAGAAGUAGAGCAAGCAGACGAUGAAGGUCCGCCCGCACAUCGGCUGCAGGACCUAUCUGAAGACGACUUUGACAGCAAUGCAGAGACGAGCUCUCCCGAGGAUGCAGAAGCAAAAGAGAAGCUGGCAGAGCAGAAGAAGAAUUGGUUGGAAGCUCCCAAGGCUGAGCAAGUGAAAGGGCGAGCCUUGACCUGCAUGGUGUGCAAAGGGACCCUGCUCCUCAAUGGGGCAUCUCUCAAGCUUCACAUCACUUCCAAGAGGCAUCAGAAGCAGCUCAAGCUUUUCAGCAUGUACUUGGAUCCCAUCUGCUUUGCUGAGAACCCGGAUGAGGACAGCUCAGAUGCAGAGACGCAUGCGGAGAGAGCAGUCAGGAUAGCACAGCAGGCAAGCGCUCUGAAGGAAGGGCAGACUGCAUCCAAGGAGAGGAAAAGGAAACGUUACAACGCUGAAGCUGGCAAGAAGCGGAAGGGAAAGAGACCAGGAAAAAGGCAGCGGGCGCAGCUGAGCACAGCAAAAGUGCAAGACUGAGUGUUGUGUUUAGCAAGCCAAUUCCUGUGAGAGCUUUGAAAUUUCAGCUUUCAUUCAACGAAUGUGAAUCUUUAACUGGAUGUACCAGCUUUAAGCUAAAAUUGGUUGAAGAGUUCAACUGUGCACUGAGCCCUGAAAGCAUGUUGUGAGGUGUUGAUGCGUUAC